UUCAGUACGUAACGAGAAGUUGCCUCGCGCGGUUUGGCAGCACACGCAAGCCAUACGAAUACUGAGCGAGCGGAGAAGAGAGCGCGCAACUUUUAAUGUAACUGUUGUUCAAAACCAACCGCACAGCAGGCCAAUCACAACUAGCUCGAGUUGUCCAAUUGGCAACCCAGCGAAACCAAUUGCAAAGCAAAUGCAAUAAAAAAAAAUAUAUAAAUAAUAAAAAAAAUGACGACAUCGCAGUUGCUGCUGUGAGUCUUGACAGGAUUAAAGGCCGCGCCGCGGACAGGUGCGACGCGUCGCUUGUGAGCGUAAAUCAGAUAGGAAGGCGGACACUGAGAUGGAGGCCAGUCGGGCGGGGCAGUGCAGGGUAGGGCUGUGCGAUAUGUUGGCCACGCCCACCGCUGGCAAAGCGCCCACGAAGCCAAGCAACGAGCGGCCCAAUCUCAACAAUGGCUACCUGCAGGCGAACGCGCUCGAGGAUCUCAGCUCGACGGCGGUCUCGCCGCUGCUCGGCCAACAGCUGCAACAGUUGCCACAACAGUUGCCGCAACUGCUGCCAGCACAGCAGCAACACCAGCAACACCACCAGCAACAGCAGCAGCAGCAGCAGCAACAGUUGCCGCCACCACAGCAGCAACUUAAGCUACCGACGGUGGUUUUCCUUAGUCCCGAUGGCAGUGGCGCCGUGGGCAGCGCCUUGCAGCGCAAUGCGCCGGCUACAGCUGCGGGAGCAGGUCCUGGUUCCGGCUCCGGCUCAGCUCCAGCUGUUUCAGCUCCAUCCGUUGCCAGCGAUUGGCUGCUGCUGAAGGAGGCGCAGCAUCGGCGCCGUCUACUGAUCCUGGCCAUCGCCUUCACCGUGCUGGGCGCGGCCAUCGGUGCUCUGGCCAUCUACUUUGCCAGCGUCCAUCAGCGAUGCCAGCUCUAUCCGCGCAGCGGGCCACAGGAUGCAGGCGAUGGCAGCUUUAACCUGGAUGGCAGUCACAACAACAUCUGCAUGACACAGGAAUGCGUGCGAACAGCUGCUUCACUGCUGUCCGCCAUGGACCUAACGGCAGAUCCGUGCGAUGAUUUCUUUCAAUUCGCAUGCGGCACAUGGAACAAGAUGCAUCCCAUACCAGAGGAUCGCAGCUCGAUCAGCACCUUUGAGGUGCUCUCCGACCAGCAGCAGCUGGUCUUGCGUGGCGUCCUGGAGGAACCAGUCGAUGAGCACGACAAUGCGGCCACGGUCAAGGCGAAGGCGUUCUUCAAGAGCUGCAUGGAUCUGCCUCAGAUACGCAAGGUUGGCGUCGGUCGCCUCAAGAGGGUGUUGCGCUCCCUGGGCGGCUGGCCGGUGAUCGAGCGCAACUGGCAGCCGCCGGCGAACUUGAGCGUGGAGCAGGUGAUGGGCCAGCUGCGCUUCAACUAUAGCGAAUCGGUGAUGAUCGAGCUAUAUGUGGGAGCUGACGAUAAGAACAGCUCCGUGAACAUUAUCCAGAUGGAUCAGCUGCAGUACGCGCUGCCCUCGCGCGACUACUACCUGAAGCCGAACAGCGAGAACGAUCGUCAGGCUUACCACAAGUACAUGACCCAGAUCUCAUUGCUGCUGGGCGCCGAUCCGGCCACGGCGGCCGACGAGCUGCGGGAGGUGAUUCAGUUCGAGACGGAGUUGGUCAACGUGUCGCUGGCGGAGGCGGAUCGGCACGACACGAGCGCCGUUUAUAAGAAGCUGACGCUGCCGGAGCUGCAGGAGCGGGUGCCGGAGCUCAACUGGACGGAGUAUUUGCAGACGGCCGUCGGGCCGGGCAUUCAGCUGGACGCGAAUGAGCCGCUGGUGACCUACGGCCUGGUCUACCUGACCGAAAUGGGUCGGAUAUUGCGCGAGACGGAUCUGCGGGUGGUCCACAACUAUAUGCUCUGGCGCCUGGUCAUGUCCCUGAUGACGCACAUGAUCGACGAGUAUCAGCGCGAGCGCGUGGAGUUCCGCAAGAUCCUGCUGGGCAUACAGUCGGAGCGGACACGCUGGUCGCAGUGCGUCGAGUGGACCAACAAGAAGCUGGGCGUGGCCGUUGGCGCUCUGUUCAUACGGGACAAUUUCAAUCAGGACAGCAAGGAGGUGGCCCUCGAGAUGAUACACAAUAUCCGGGCCGCAUUCAAUGAGCUGCUCGCCGAGAACCACUGGAUGGACGACGAGACGCGCGCCGUGGCCAAGGAGAAGGCGGACUCGAUGAACGAACGCAUCGGCUAUCCGGAGGUGCUCACCAAUGUCACGGAGCUGGAGCAGGAGUAUGUGAACCUGACGAUCGUUCCGGACAAUUUUUUGGACAACGUGUUCAGCAUUCUGCAGUGGGAGUCGGAGAAGCUGCUCAAUUUGCUGCGCCAGCCGGUGGACAAGGAGAAAUGGACCACAGAGCCCGCCGUGGUCAAUGCCUUCUACAAUCCCAACAAGAAUGAUAUAGUAUUUCCGGCUGGCAUUUUGCAGCCGCUGUUCUAUAGUCAGCACUUUCCAAAGUCCUUGAACUAUGGCGGCAUCGGCGUGGUGAUCGGCCACGAGAUCACCCACGGCUUCGAUGACAAGGGACGGCAGUUCGACAAGGAGGGCAACAUGAUGCAGUGGUGGAACAAUGCCACAAUUGAGGCAUUCCGGGAGCGCACCCAAUGCGUCAUCGAUCAGUAUUCGCGCUACAAGAUCAACGAGGUGGACAUGUUCAUGGACGGCCGCAUGACCCAGGGCGAGAAUAUCGCCGACAAUGGCGGCCUCAAGCAGUCAUUUCGAGCCUACAAGAAGUGGGAGAGGCUGAAUGGACGCGAGCAGCAGCUGCCGGCGCUCAAUAUGACGCACGAUCAGCUCUUUUUUCUCAACUAUGCACAGAUCUGGUGCGGCAGCAUGCGGCCGGAGGAUGCGUUAACCAAGAUCCGAUCCUCGGUGCAUUCGCCCGGCUUUGUGCGCGUCCUUGGGCCGCUUUCGAAUUCACGCGACUUUGCGAAUGCCUACAACUGUGCCGUGGGCACCACCAUGAAUCCGGCGAAGAAGUGCAGCGUCUGGUAGUCAUGAGAACACAAUCCCGAGGACACGUUCAUCAGCAUGUUCCUGGCGACAACGGAUCGCGAGCGAAUCACAUCAUGCUCAUCAUCACAAACAGCGUUGGCUCAGCUACUUGAGACAGGAUCAUAAUCGUGAUGGGGUCGACUUGGGCUUUUAUGAGUUGAUCGUGAUUACAAUUAUAAUCGUUGUCUUGGCCAUAACUGAAAGCCUAAGAUCAAGGUCAAAAUCAUGCUCCGAGUCGGGGGCAUAUUUAAGAUUUCUCUAGGAGUCUUGAUCAAAAUAGUAAUGAACAUGAUUUGGCUUAUUCCCACAAUCGAAAUCUGAAAAUCGGAAGAUCGAAGUCCUGCUCAUAGUUACGAUCGUUUCCAUCAGGAAUAUGUGAAUAUGAUCACGAUCAUGAUCCUGUUCCAAGUUGCGAUCACAACGCUUUCAUCAUUACUAAGUAUUCUUGAAUGAGCCACUUGAUCGUAACGAUCAUGACCAGAUUUUGGUUCUUAAACAUCAUUCGAUCGUAAUAUCAUGCCAAUGAUUCAUUAUUUUUGAAAAGAUACGAGCACAAUAUUACGGGGCCGAUCUUCACCAAAGCCAGAAUCAUUGUCAUGGUCACAAUCAGGAUCAAGGUCCCAUUCACGAUCAUCAACUGCGCUCAAGGUCAAAGUCAGGAACAUGCUCAUGAUAGUGCACCCGAUUAUGCUCAUGUUUUGUAUAAGCUUAUUUUUAUAUAUCUAUAUAGAAAAGCACUAAUAUAUAUAUAUAUAUUUAUAUGUAUAUCUAUAUGUAUGAACAUAUUUAUAUUGAGGGGCGUCUAAUUUUUUCCCAUCGAUGUUAUUAUUUCUUGUGUGAUUUUAUAUUUCUU